AUGGCAGAACUUUCCGUUACUGGAGCAUUGGUCUCGGUUGAGAUGGUGAUUUCACUUCUCAGCCAACGUCUGAAUCUCAAGAAACACAUUAUAGUUGAAGUUGAGAGUAUCAAAAGUUGGCUAGAGACGCUUCAGGCCUUCAUAACGAACCAUGAUGAAGAUCAUGCUGAUCACAGCAAAUGGCUCGCACGUCAUGUGGAAAAUGUUCGAAAGAUUGCUAGACAAAUUGUGGAUGUUCUCGAGGAGUUUGAACUUCAUACGCAACACCCAUCUCGGAGGAACGAACUCGCUCAGAAAGCCUCAGAAUUUUUCCAUUAUCGUCCACUUAACGAUAUCUUUGAGAAGAUAAAAUGCAUCAAGAGGAAGAUAGAUGAUUUUGUCCAACAAAAUCAAAUUAUUAAAGAGUUUAACGCUUCGGGUUCUGGUAUGCGGACUCGAGUUACAGUUAAUCCUCUUAAUUUUGACGAUCCAGAUGUCAACAAUAUGUUGUCAUCUGUCUACAAGGAUCUCCCGAGAGAUAUUAAGAGUUGUUUCUUGUACUUCAGCAUUUUUCCCGAAGGUUACGAUGUUGAUUGUGGAAGGCUCAUGCGCUUGUGGGUAGCAGAAAAAUUUGCAAAUGAAAAAGAUGGCAAAACAGCUGAGGAGGUAGCAGAGGAGAUUCUCAACGAGCUAAUAUUGUGGAAUUUGGUUGAGGUUUCUACAUGCUAUUCUGAUGGACAUCCACCCAGGCACUGUCGAGUUCACAACCUUGUGCUUAAAUUUAUUUUUAAAAAGUGCGAGGAUGAGAAUUUUAUAUCAAUUAUCUCUAACCAAAAUAGUCCAAAGCAGAAACUACGACGCCACCUAUCUGUUCAAAGUGAUUGCACUUGUUCGUCAGUGAACAUUCAAGAGGCUGCAGGGAGAUUCAAGAACUUGUUCAUCAGGGAACAGUCAAGAGCUUGCAGGUGUUGUUCACGGGAUAGAGAUUUCAGUGAUGUUCGUUCCCUGUUCGUCUUUGGCUCCAAUAAUAAUUCUGGUAACAGUUUUCAGGAUUUCAAAUUGCUCAGAGUCGUAGACUUGGAAGGCUCACUUUUGACAGAAUUUCCAAAACAAAUUGAUAAAUUCACUCUCAUAAGGUAUCUUAGUUUAAGGGAUACUAAAAUAAAGGCAAUUAAUCCCAAGUCCAUAAAGAAGCUUUGUUGCCUUGAAACGUUGGACCUCAAGCAGACUAAUGUGACCGAGCUUCCAAAAAAAGUCUGGCGACUGAAGAAACUUCGUCAUCUUCUUGCCGGGCGAAAAACUGUGAACAAUUUUGCAGAUUCUGACUCUGUGCAAGGAGGGAAGGUAUUUAAAGGGAUUGAAAACUUGACCAAUCUGCAGAAAUUGUCAUUUGAGAAAACUGUGAGAAAUUUUGCAGAUUUUGACUCUGUGCAUGGAGUGAAGGUAUUUGAAGGGGUUCAAAACUUGACAAAUCUGCAAACAUUGUCACGGGUUGAUGCUGGCCAAAAUGGUAGGAUCAUACAGGAGUUGAAACAUUUAAGCCAACUGAAGAAGCUGGGACUAACUGGGCUCAAGAAAGAAUUUGGUGGAGACUUGUGUGCCUCUAUCAAAAAGAUGGAACAUCUUACAACUUUGGAUGUAUGUACUGCCACCAAGUCAGAUUAUCUUGAACUGGGUGAUUUGGUUGCCGGACCACCACUUUCUCUUCAGCGGCUAUACUUGAAAGGGCGUCUGGAAAAAUUCCCAGAGUGGAUCUCUUCACUCAGCAAUCUGUUUUGUCUUCGUCUGAAGUGUUCUAGGUUGAAGAAUAGUCCACUGAAUUCUCUUAAGAAUCUUCCGAAUCUCGUGGAGCUUCAUCUGGUGGAUUGUUUUAUGGGAGAAGGGUUGACGUUUGAAACUUCAAGCUUCAAGCAAAUAAAGAUGUUGGUUAUCGAACAAUUUUCCGAGCUAAACACAAUUAAAUUUGAAGAAGGAGUGAUGCCUGGACUUCAACAAAUUUCUCUCAGCAGAUGUCCAAAACUGAAAAUGCCUCCAUUGGGCAUCAAUAAACUAUCCAAGGUCGAAUGCCUUACACUAUAUGACAUGAACCAGGAUUUUAUAGCUUCAAUCAAAAGGGUGGGUGAAGAGAGAGCCAUGGUCGAACAUAUUCGUGUGAUUCAUUCUUUCACUCUUAAUGGUCAGUCUUGGUCAGUUGAGAAUCUUUCCCAUUCUUCUACCAUUGCCGCCGAGGAGAGGGCUUCACUGGGCUUGACAAAUAACACUCAGAGAUUGCCGCCGACAAAAGGGCUUCACGGGUGGAGAUCGCCUCCGCUCUUCACCGGCGGCUUCUCUGUGCCUGAUCGCCUCCGCUCUUCACUAUGCAGCGAUCUAGGGCUGCUGAGAGUUCUCAGCAGCGUCGUCAGUGGUAGAGGGCUUCACGGCUGA